AUGCCAAUACAACAGAUAACUGUGGUCCCGGCCAAGGAGACCGCCGGUACCGCCAAGAGCUCCUCUCGCUCCAAAGAAAAGGCAGAGGUGAGUUUCUGACCUCUUUAAUUAGUUUUAAGGCCGGUCGUUAUAUCGACAGUGAAAAUCUGCAGAUUUGUGUUUCUGUUUGUUUGUUUUUGCAUUUAAUUGUCAAAACUGGUGUGAAGUUGGUCAGAUUACGGAAAAAAAAAAGUCUGCAGUGAUGAUCUUUGUGUUGUUAAAGAGCAGUCACUGAUGAGUCCAAGUGUCAGUCUUGACUACUGUGGGAGAUUGUGCGUCAGCUUCCAGUAUCAGCUGACAGUCUUUUCAACUCACUCACAAGUACAGUAUGGAUGCACUCAGCAGCCUUUUAUCACUGUUCCCUCAUUAGGGGUUAGAUUGUGUUUGAACCACAUCCUCCAUUGAGCUGAGCAAACAAAACAUCAUCUAACAUCUCAUCAUAUAACUUCGUGGAACCUCUAAGCACCUUAAAUCGCCUCAUGUUACCUCACACGCCUUAAGCUAUAAAGUGUUGUUCUUAGACAGCGGGGAGUAUGUAAGGUAGCCAGAGUAAGGGAUUUACAGCAUGAAGACACCUGAGGUCAUGAUUGAAAUACAUGAACGGUUGCAUUUCUAUGAAAACUACUUUCUGUAGGUCAGAAAGUUUUGCGAGUGGUGAUAUGAUGAUUGGAAACUAAGCUUGAAAUCCUGAAUCAAACGUUAUGCUGUUUUGUGUUGUACUUAACUUGGGUAUGCGCUUUGUGUUUGUCUUCUUCAUGCUUCUUUUUUUAACUCAGUUUAGUGUGAAACGGUUUCACUUCUUCAUUUUUGGCUCCAAAGUGUUAAGUUAGUCAUGUCUCUACUUUAAAACGCGAGUCAGAAAGUCUCUUUAUGAUCUGAUUUACGGUAACUUCUCAUCUGUCAGUUAACUGAAUCUGGAAAGAUAAGACCACUAAGGAAAAAAAAUGAAUCAUAUUCAUUUUGAUUCAUCAUGAGAAGGAUUUGAGGUGUUUAGAAUAAUCAAACUUAAAGCUCCUAAAGAAGUCUUGGUCUAUGUUGACUUUGGCGCCCCCUGUGGGUAAAGGGAUACCUCUCAUCUCGGCUGAUUUGUCCCAUACAUGUGACAGAAGUGCUUUCUAACAGAAAAAUAUCUCUCUGCUUUAUUAUAACUCUUAAAUGUAUCACUCAUGAGAAAUCUUAGACAUGGAAAGUAUGAAAAAAAGGCAGUUUUGGUAGCAUGGAUUCAUCCAUUUGACAGACGUUUCACACAUUACAAAUAACUAUAUAGAAAUAGUUAUUUUACCACUGGUCUUUUUGCUGUUGUAGGUCAUUAACAGAAAUCAACAAAUAUUUGAGUAUUUUUCAUUACUAUCUGAAAAUUCCUCACAGUAUAUUUGAGUUAAAGCAAAAAUCUGGAGAUCAUGAUGUCCAACAGGUCUGUUUUAAGAUCCUCAAAGCCCUCUGUACAACCUUUCACUUGGAACAACCUUUUCACCUCGCUUAAUCCUAAUUCAGGGAUCUGACAUCACAAGAGCAGGUGCCAUGUUAGAUUUUACUUCCAAAUGUACAUGUGCACAGCGGAAGUGUGAAGUUUCAUCACAAAGCAUUUUUGAGGACAUUCAGAAUUGUAUUUGCUGCCCCACCAGGUCCAAUUAUAAGACUAUAAAAAUAAUAAAACCUUGAGACUGACUACAGGCUGAGCGUCAUACAAACUUUUCGUACAGCAGUCAUGUUUUGGCAACAUCACAGCUUAUAAUUCAUUUUUAAGGCCUGUUGAGGGCACGGUAACACACAGCUAUAAGUUACACAUUGUUUUUUUUUUAAUUGUUUUUUUCAUUUAUUAAAUUUUAGUAUUAAAAUGCAUUACAGAAGUUUAGUACUGAUAUUUAUCAUCUAUCUGCAUGUCUUCUCUUUCUAGGCAGAGUAGAUCGCUCAGUGUUAGGCUGCAGGAAGUUCAACAUAAAUAUAACUAGCAGAAACAACGGAUAAUUUUGAUUGAUGAAGUUUAAAAAAUCUAAAAUUAAAAGAAUAUUUCAUCAAAUUCAUGAACCAUGUCAACUAUUGUAAUUUACAGUACGAUUUUUUCAUUAUGCUAGACCUGUAAGAUCAUAAUUUGCAGGUUUAUUCAGUUUACUAAACUUUUUGGGAAUUGACUUCUGAUUGACUCCAGGCAUCUACUGGGUUUAAUUAAUAUCUGUAAAAUAUACCAAUCAUAAAGGAGACUAACAGCUUACAGUUACACUUUAUUUCUUAAACUGUUUAGAAAUCAAUGGAAAUCAAUGGACUAAAGGAAUGCAUUUUUAAACCAUAAAUGUUACAGCAGGCAUUAAAAAACAAAACAGUAUAGACUCUUUGAUUAUUACCUCCUUAAAAAUAGUGAUAGUAUUGUUCGUAAUAGUCAUACAUUUUAUUUUAUUAGACUUUAUAAUUAUUCGAUAAACAGAUCACAUUAGACUCCAGACAAAUUAAUUUUCCCUUGGAGAUAAAUAAAGUUCUUGUAUUGUAUUUAUUGUAUUGUAUUGACUAAACUUACUAUCAGAGAUGUGCCCAUUUAGCAAGCAAAAAGAUUUUCACACUUGCCAGUUUGCACCGGAAAUACUAUUUGCUUAGACAAAUCAUGAAUAUUCUUAUUACUGUGGACCUUAAAUACUGGUUGUAUGUCGGGUCUUAGUUGAAGCACAGCCACCCACCACUAGUUGAGGCUGUAGUUCUGGUUGAUGGCUACAGCCAUAAUGCUGAAAAGCCCAACGACCUGUAAGUUGAAAUACAAAAAUGGCGAAGUUUUUUUAAUACAUAUCUCAGCGUGAUCUAAAAAUGUUGUCCUACAAAAUGUAGAUAAAGAUGUAUGUAGGUGGAAUCGGGUUUAUAACCACUUGUCUGAUGCAAUGUGUAUCCAGCACAGUCAUGUAUAUGUUACCUACGGACUCUGUGAUCCGGUGAUAAGCUGUGUUCAGUGAAUUGUACUACAUUUAGAGUGAUUCCUUACCUUUAGACUUGUUGGACACUUCAAAUGAUAAGAAAACCAGUUGUGUCAUUUCAUACUUUAUAAGCAUCUGAGAAAGCAAUAGCAAAACCUGUUUUUGAAACUGUGAUAACACAUAUUUCUCGGGACCAAUCAGUGAUGAACCACAAGACAGUGACUAAAACCAGACAGUGACAUUGUGUCCAACGGUUGCUUGUCUAAAUAGAGCUAUAAGUGUUUUUAUACCCUGAAUGUGGCCGUAGGUGUCUUUUUUUAUCCUGAGCCAGAACGCAGAAACAAAAUAUAGCCCUCAGUCCACGCUACAUGACUUAAUCCCCUCCCCAGAAACAUGCACAUGUAUUCAUGAGUCCCAGCAGACUGCUCUGUGCAUCAGAGUGAGAGUAUCGGCAGAGAGGCAGGUGCUCAGGUAUGUGUCUGAUAUAUCACUUUAUUUUAUUGACGUUAUCUUUCUGUGGGAAGGAGUGGAAGGUUUUGUCUUGAUCUCUUGAUUUGUCUUCAAUGUUCCUCUUUGGCUGUUGUACAUUAGCGGUGGUACUGUGUUGCUGCUGAAACCUGUCCUCCUUAUCAUUCAACAUAUUUUGGAUGUACUUCAGAUUUUAUGCUUGUAUGUAAAGGCUGAGACAAAGAUACACGAAUACUUUUAUGGUAGUAUGAGUGAGCAUUUCUGUUGGCUCUCUCAGUGUGGGCUAAGUCCAUCCUCACGAACAGAAACUUUUAUCAUUAUCAAUGCACAACAGGUGGCUGUGUUGUAAAUGUUAUUGCUGUGAUUAAACAGCGACCUAAACAUUUGAGAGUUUUCCCAGUUUCCUGAACUGAGUGAUGAUGGUUUUGAGAGGUCUGUUUCUGUAGUUUACAAGCAAACGGGACAUACUGUAUACUCUAUUUACUCUCCGUGUUUGUGUCAGGAGUGGUAACCGCUUGUUUCACUGAUCUUAAGAAAAGAAAAAAAAGAUUGCCAUCAUCUUAAGUGACUCUGUCAUAUCAAAUCAAACCAAAGAACCAAUGCCUCAAAACACCUUAAAAUACAGCUUAUUGACAUGCAUACUGAAAUCUUCGCUUGGUUGGCUCUGGCUGUGCUGUGUUUGUGUGUUGUGAAAACAGAGCUGCAUGUAACAGUGGGUAGAAACAUCAGAGUCUAUGCUGAGCAACUGAAGAGCACUCAAACACAUUUCAACCUAAUUUCUGACAUUUUUAAAAUGAUCUUUCAGCCUCAUGAUAGAAGACUUGAUAUGUUAUGAAUUGGCUUUUAAUUUGUUUGAUGCUGAGAACAAACAUAAGCGAGUAUUCUGCUGAAUAUCCAAACAUUGCAGACAUGUGCCAUAGGCUUCAGUACAUGUGUUGACACCCAAGCAGGUCGCAGCGUGUUAGCUCUGACUCCACGAGGGACUACUGAUUUAAACCUGGCCAUUAGCAAAUCCUUUGAUCAGCUUAGAUGAUGCGGUCUUGCACUUGUCAUUGACUUGCUUAUUUAUUUCGCUGAUUUGCACAGAGUGUACCAACAGCUACUUUGGUGUGUGGGUUGGUACAUUCAAGCUCUGCUGCUCUGCUUUUUGAUGCUUUGGGGAAACUCAGUAUAAAGAAGCCUCCCACACAAGAUAUUACUUACUUCAGAUUUGAGCAAAAUAAAUUGUCUGUAAGAUACUUAAAGACAUGGCACUGUAUUUAUUAUAUUAUUUACUAGACCAUUAAUGCAUUUGAAAUGUAAGCAGGCAUUCUUUUUUAAAAAACUAGACCACAGAGCAGUGAAGUAUUUAAAUACAUUUAAAUGUUGUUGAUGAAUCCAAUCAAAAGAUCAAAACAACACAUUCAACUUCUUAUUACUUAUAAAGUUCAACUAUUUUAUAUUGUAUUUAUCUGCGCCAUAAAUCUCUGUUCUAUUUAAAGUCAGCUACAUUCUACUUUGGAUGAUACACUGCGUCACUUAGAUGAACAUGGGCACCUGUGGUUUAUUUUUAGCUGAUGCUUCAAACAUCAACAUCAACGUAGUUUACACUAGACCCUAAUGUGAUUUGAGCAGUGAGCACUAAAGCUUAUAAUGUUCAAAUGUUAAAAAAAAAAAAUUCUUGGCUUUUUAAAAAAUUAAGGAAAAAUUGGGGGUUGUUGUACAGUAGUAUAACAACAGAGACAAUUUAUAAACAUCAGUGUUGGUGUGACUGCAGCAGUAAAAAAAAUCCCCACUGUGGGAUAAAUAAAGGUUUAUCUUACCUUAAUACAGGUGUUACACCAGUGAAUGGACCAUGUUUACAUAGAGCCUUCUCUAGCCUUCUCACCACUCAGAGCACUCUUACAUUACAUGUCACAUUCAUCCAUUCACAUCCCAGUCACACACUGAUGGCAGAGGCUGCUUUGUAUAGAGAGUUUUGACUAAUCCCAUUCACACACUACUGGGCGCAGCCAGUAGGAGCAGGUGGGGUCAAGUGUCUCGCACAAGGACACUUUGGUAUGUGGACAACCAUGGGAUCACACCUCCUACCUCUACCACUGAGCCACAGUCACCCCUGUACACCAGGGACCACCACUGCCCGGCGAUUUACCAGUCAAUCUACAUUCCAACCCUCACCUAUUUGGGUGGUGACUGAAAGAGUUUCCUCUGUAGAGUGGCGUGGCUCAGCCUGAGAGGUAGGGCCCGGAGUUUGUACGAUUAGGGGGAGCACGGAGUCGAGAUGUUACUCUUUUGCAUUAAAACCAGCUGAGGUGGUGCAGUUAGCAUGCUUCUGAGGCCCCUGCCUUUGAAGGGUCCUGGACACAUCCAGCAGGGAGGCAAAGCUGGGGAUUUUAUAUCCCAUCUGGCGUGAGGACGCUUCAAAAAACCCCAGAUGGAGCUGGAAGACAAGGCUGGGUAGAGAGACAUUAAGGGAAACUCUUAGCCUGCUGCCUCCAUGAGCUAGCCCAAAGAGAAUGGAUGGAUGGAUGGAUGGAUGGAUGGAUGGAUGGAUGAAUGGAUGGAUGGAUGGAUGGAUGGAUGGAUGGAUGGAUGGAUGGAUGGAUGGAUGGAUGGACAAAGCCUCUCAUGGAUUCAUUAUGACAUUCAGUUGUAAAGAUCAACUGAUGGUUAAGACGGUUAAGUCAUAUCUUUUGCUGAAUUGGCUUCACAAAUGGUGUACGAGCCAACAUGUUCAUUGGCAAUAAAAACACAUGAUAUGAUCCAGCAACUAGGAAAAAUAAUGAGGAAGAAAGAAGAGCGAAAGAGGAAAACACACACUAAAACAUACCCACCCAGCUCAAACUGUAGUACUGAUGCUUUUUUAUGAUACCCGAAAGCAAACAGGACCGCUAGAAGGCUUUUAUAUACUUUUUUAAAUGCCUGAAACUGGUGUGAGGGUGGGAGGUGUCACAUAGCUAAGCAGAUGAAGAACCAACCCUGUUUUUAAAAAUUGUACAUGAAAUAUUAACAGUUUUAAACUUUCAAGUUAAAAGUCAGCAGGCUGAGAUUUCUAAUCCUAAAUCACUGCAGGCAUGUAGACGACAAGAGAAGCAAAGACUGCUUUGUCUACAGGGGGCACAAAAAUUCACAAAAAGUAGCCCAAACUGCAAGACUUUGAAUCUUUAAAAACGAUCUUGUACAAAGAUUUAUUUUCUUUCUUUUUAUGUAGAAAAUUUUCAACUACCCACUUGCUCUAGUACCAAACAGCUGACAAGUUUCCCAGCAUGUUGAAUCUUAUUUGUGUGUCAGUGAGAGGGACUUGGGCCAUAGGUCAACCAGAAACCAGCUGGUACUGAUAUCAGAGUCGGGAUGUUUUUACCACUGUCUGGGACAAAAACACAUUUAAUCCCAUGAUGCACCUGGCUGCUAGUUUGGUUCUGGGAUCCAAGCCAAGAGAACACAGAGACGUAGAAGUGCUUGUUUUUGAUAAGGAGGAAGGAUAAAGGUUUUCUGUCCUUAAGAUUCUUUUUUAAGGUAUGUAUUAUCGCUCGAAUAACAUUUCUUCAACAGCUUUCUGAACUCAGAACAGAGUGUAUGUUAAGUCAACUUAUUUUGUUUGGACACCUGCAGAGAGAUUAAAACCUCAUGCCCAAAAUAACAGAGUAGAGAUGCUUUAGAUAGCUCAUACAGCUGUAAGGUCAGCUGACACCUCUUUAUUUCACUUCUUAAAACACACAGUAUGUUCAGGUUAAUUACUUAGCUAAUUCCUCAGUUUUCUUUGUCUUAAUAUGUGUUUUUAUGCUUUAAGAUCAUGUUUAAUUGCAUAAAUUGUCAUCUCCUCCAUCCUCUACUGACCCAGUUUAUAAAAAAGUGUUGAAAUCCUGAAAAAGAAACCUUGACCAUCUAAUGCUCAUGGUGGUUCACCAGUGUGUAUUCACAAAUAUGUGUAUUAAGAUGAUACAUGUAGUGAAUGAGGCGAUAGAUUUCUGAUGUUAAACUGAAGUCCAACCAGCUGAGGUCUGAUGAUCAGCAAACUGUGAGAACUUCUGGAAAGCUACUGUUAGUUUGCUUUAAAUAGAGACACAUUGCAGAGCAGCAUCUCGUUCACUCAGCAGGACGGCUGGCUAAUAGGAUUGUCUGGCUUUAGUUCAGGUCGUAAUCAAAUCACAAGGACACGUGUCCAUGCAGGAUUCCCUGAAACUGGACUUUAACCUAUCAAAAAACAAACAGAGCCAACUGCCUCUGAAUCCUGUAGAGUAUGCUGGAGUGUUAAAGGCGGUUUAAAUAUAUCAACUUAUAUUUUCUGGGCAACACAAGAAUGAAGUUUCCUGUUGUUAGUUUCCUUUAAGCAAAAGGAAUAACCCUGGAAUAACAAAGUGAUGGGCUGAUACACAGAAAAGUAAACGUGUUGAUGAUUACAGUUAAUGAGUUUUUAAUUUUUGAGCAAUAAAAAAAGGAAGUAUUGCUGGUUAUAGAGGAAAAUCUAUGUCUGUAUCAGGAAAAUCAAGGAAAUCAGCAUGUCACACCGCCUCAGGUCCGUACAGAAUAAACUAUGAAUCUAUUUACAGUCAAAAGGCGAUCUAACAUGAAGGUUAAACUACAAAAGAGUGUCACAUUUAAUGUUGUGUUUGGAUGCCUGAGGUUCUGCGUUGAUGUGAAUGCUGUGAAAUUCUGUUUCUAACAGUUAAUGAAUAUCCACUUCUGUGCUCUGUGACUGAGAGGUUACUGGUUUCAACCUCCUAAAGCUACUCAGGUGCCAUUUAAGCAUCACAUAAUGAUGUGUAAUGAUUUUCUAUCUCUCUUUCUCCCUGCAGGGGAGGAAAGGCCCGGGGCGCUCAGGGAGCCGAUCAAGCAACAUCUCCAAGGUAACGGCUGAUCGUCAGGGAGCUGAUAACCAGGUCACAGUUCAGAGUGUGUGGGAGGAUUUUUUUUGGCCAAGCGAGAUCUGAAGGAAAAGAACGUGGAAAUUCUUCGAAUGUUGCUAAUUAAUUAAAACAAAAUUUCACACAGCAGGUUACAAUUUGAACUCCUCAUAUAAUAUUGUUUUUGAAUUAUGAAUCAAACUACGCUGUGUGUAAUUUCAGAGACAAAGGAUAUUAAGAGCAGAAGAAAUGCUCUCAGCUCGUCAUUUAAAAUCUGAGUUAAAUGUGUCCAGAUAGUUUCAGCAGCAAAAUGAUGAACUUUAAGAGGCUGUUCUUUGUAUAAAUGAUCGUUAUAACUGGAUUUAAGCUAUUGAGACAUUACUUAGAACUUGGAGCUGUGAAAAAACAAAGUUCUUGAAGCGAAAGACUGGGUUACCUUUCUCCAGAGCGAGUUGAGGCUGAAAUGGAGGUAAAAUGAUGGUAAAUGCUGGGCUUUUCAGGGGCUGCUGUAUAUCUAUUUGGAUAUUAUUUCAAACAUAAAGCAGCUCCAUAAUGAGUUCAGGUCAGCCCUGUAUGUUUGUCAUCCUACAGUGAUCUAAUCCUACAAGACUUAUGUAGCUUUCAGGUGAUUAAUUGACAUUACUGAAUGUGUAAUACUAUCUUUAUUUCUGAUGUUUUAAAAAAACUUGUGAUGACAUUGACAGAUUGCUCUUCCCGUCUAGCCCCACAGGUGCUAAAUUGAGUUUGUUUGUUGUUUCAGGGCAGCAACUCUACAUCAGGAUUAGCCACAGCCUCCAGAUCAUCAAUCACCCCGUCACCUCAGGACAUAUGCAGGUAACACAGCUGGCUCUGUAAGAAUUAUCCAGAAUUACAGUUAAAAGGGCAGCGAAUGCAUUCCCACAUGUUUUUAGCAUACCUGCACACCCGUCCUCCCCAAGCUUACUGUGUGACAUUAAACAUGCACAGUACAAUGCAUCCUCUGCAGUGAGUGGGAGACUGAAUCAGAGCGGUCUGACUCACCCAGAGGGCACUGACAAAAUUAAGAUUGAAGCAGGAAUCCAGUGGCCUUCACUGAGAGCGAAUAAUGAGAACAGUGGGAGCCUUCGGGUUAUUAUAUCUGCAAGCUAUUGAGCCGAGUCUCUGUGGUCUAAAGGGAAAAGGAUGAUGUGUUUGACCGCAGUGUUGACACAAGAACUGUACCGUAUGUGAGUGCUUGGACCUUCAUUUGCCACGCAACAAACUCAUUUGUUUUCUAAAAAAUGUGUUUCCUCACCAUCACCCAAACAUCAUACGUCACUUUUUGGAUGAUUCAUCUGUCCUACCAGCUUGGCUUUAAGACAGCAAAGAAACUAUUACCCCACUGAGCAUUUUUUGGUCUAAGAGCAGUCUAAUAAACGUCUAAAUGUAGCUUUGACGACUGGUCUAAAAUCAGGUCACCACAGGUCUAAAGAUGAACGUUUUUUUAGACGACCAAGUUUGGACCAAGUUUGGACCAAGUCUAAAUCUGGGCUUUAUCUAUACUGCACUGUAUAUUGCUCAACAGCUAUCAUAAUUAUUUUGGUUAAGUACUUGGAGAUCAGUUAUCUAACUCAUAGUUGCUUUUUGAAAUAAAUAGUUAUCGAAUAAUGGGUUAAAGUGCAAUGUCUAAAUUCUGUCUAAAAAUAUACAGAAUCUAGACGGUUGAAAUUAGGUCUAAAAAAAAAACCUAGAUGUCUAAUAGCUGUCUAUUGCUCAGUAGGACAGGAGUUUACAGGAGCAUUAAACAUCAUCUUUUUCACAUGUAUCAGAAUCAGUCAUGCUGAGUUAAAAGUUUUUGUCUCUGUAAGUCAGCUUCCAACAACCUGCAAAGCUUUAUCUCCUCCACAUUUAGAUUCUCUGAUAAAAGUCUUCAUACUGAAGUGUACAGAGUUACUCAGGAGUCAGAUGAUAACCUGGUAAAUGUUAGCUUUUAGGGUUAGAGUCAGACAACGGUUGGAAAGUUUGUUUGGAAGUCAGGAAAGUCCAGUCAACACAGCUGAUUUGAGUUCUUACUGACGUAGACUCUAUGAACAGUGACACUCUCUGUAAACAACUGUCCUAAAAAGUCUCUGGAAGACGUGUGGACCAGGAUGCAGAAACACAGAUCCUGUCUGUGUUUAGAUAUGUGUUUUUUUUUUAAGCAAACUUAAACCACAAUUGAUGAAUCAGUGUCAUCACAUUACUUUCAUUUACACCUUUUGUUUGAUUUUCAUUCUCUCCAUCCCCGUGCUUGCUUGUGUGUGUGUGCAUGUGUGCUUGUAUGUGUGUUCAGUUCUGGCCAGCAAACCUUGAUAGAGGAUGUUUCUGAAUCACAUGAGCAAAACGAAAACACAGUGAUGACCAUCGCCAGCACAAAUCUGGGCUCAUCAGCUCAGUCCCAGAAGAAGCAGGUGAAGCGCCGUCACCGCCGUAAGAGGAGCAGCUGCGCCGCCCUGGACUGCGUUGAGUCCAUCGCCAAACAGGAGCAGAGCAGCGAUGUCAGCUCUGAACGAAGUGAACGAGGGGAGAAAAGGGAGCGGCCCUCCAAGAGUCGGAGAGAGCUCCCAUCCCGCCUGCGCUCCGCAAGACCUCCCCACUCGGACUCCAGCUCUGAGGAGGAUUCGUGGCGUGAGGCCCGCAGCUGGAGCAAAGAGAAAGCCAGACGAGUGCGGCGCCGCAGCGGAAGCAGCCGAGAGAGGGAGAAGGAAGGAUCAGAGAGGAGCAAAGGUGGAGAUGACAAAGAUAUCAUGGAGCUGCAGUCGGUGGGCUCAGAUGAGGGGAAGGAGAACCAACCUCUGGUGGAGGACGGCGGAGGCCUCAAGAAGCGUCACGGCGGCAGGGCCACGCUGAAGACAGACGUGUCCUCCAGAGAACGCUCACAGAGCAGAGAAAAGGAGAAGAGCCACAAGCCACGCAACCGGAGAGGAAGCUCCUCACUGGCUGAGGACGGCGAAGAGCUCAUCACCAAGAAAUACCAGGAGAAGGGGUCAGGAAGUGGAGACAUGUCAGCGCCAACGCCGCAGAAACACUGCGGUGUGAACGGGAGCACAGCGCGGUAUUGCUCUGACGACUCUGAGAUGGAGGUCUGCAGGUGAGAACUUUACUGACCAGAGAGGGAAACUUUUUCUGUGGUGGCUGCAACACACAAUCAAAGAGUCUGCAUCAUUCAUUCAUUCAUUCGUUAAUCACCUGGUCUGACUGUGUGUGUUGUGUGUGUUUCUCUUUGUGCGUGUAGGAUCUGCCACUGUGAGGGGGACGAUGAGUGCCCUCUGAUAAUGCCUUGUCGCUGCACGGGGAGCCUGAGUUUCGUCCACCAGGCUUGUCUCAACCAGUGGAUCAAAUCCUCCGACACCCGCUGCUGUGAACUCUGCAAGUUUGACUUCAUCAUGGAGACAAAGCUCAAACCUUUACGCAAGGUAGACACACACCUCCUCCAUCUCCUGAACCUCCCUCAGAGCUUUAGUCCUGAACAUCAUUUCUCUCUCCGUCUCUCUCUCUUCCUCUCAAACUAAUAUCUCCUCUCAUCUCUCUUUACCUCGGCUCCUCUGUCCUUCAGUGGGAGAGGCUACACAUGUCCAAGAGUGAGAGGAGGAAGAUCUUCUGUUCAGUGUUGUUUCACCUGAUAGCAAUAGCAUGUAUGUUAUGGUCGGUCUACAUUCUUGUCAAGAGAACCGCAGAAGAGAUCAGACUCGGGAAGAACGGUGAGUAGGGUCCUUGCUCCCUCUCUCACUCACCUGAGACAUGCAGAGUGAAAACAUGCAUUUGCAGCUUUUAUGAUAUUUGCAAACCUCAGCAAUGAUCAAAAUAAUUAGAUAUUUUUUUAAAUCUAAGCAAUAAAUAGACAUUUUCAUUAUAAGUGUUAAAACUGUAUAUGUAAGACACUUUUCCACGACUGUGAAAUAUUCAUACAGUAUGACACAGUUGUAAAGAAAAUUAUGUUUGACACUUUGUCACCGUUAAAAUGAGCCGCUAGAGUGAUCAAAAACUCUUCAAACUGUUCACCUGAUGAUCUCUGCACCUGUCUGCCUCUGGUGAUGUGACAGUAAAGGUCCACAUUAUGAGUAGAGACAAGUUAUGCUCACGUUGUCUAUAUUUAUAUUAAAUUUUUUCAAACAAUAUGUGUGUGUUUAAGCUAAUAAGUCUCCCAUCCUCUAAGCUAACUGUGGUCUGUAUCUCCAAAUGUUUCACUGCACAGCGCAGACAUUGACAAUAUUUUUGAGGGGAAAAAUCAAAAAGAUUUCACUAAGAUAACAACAUUUAGGUAUUUUCCUCUGGAUUCCUUGUCAGCGUGAGAAGCGUAAAUGCUGUUAAUGCUGCAUUGUAGUUGAAAUUGUUUACAUUUAGAUUCUUCCAGUUUCUAGCUAACGUCAUCAUAGCUAGCCAACAUUACUGUUAGCUUGGUGUCUCUCUGGAUGUAUAAUGUUACAUGGUCAAAUGCUACCACAGCUCAUGUCUAACAGUAGAUAGGUAGCUUCUUUUAUAUUACAAAUGCAUUUGAUUAUUCAACAGCAACAGUUAAACAUCAGCCUGUAUCUAAAAUAAGUCAUUUCCAGCUCGGUUUGGGUCAGAAGACACAGAAGACCAGACAAACAAACAGCCUCCUCCAUCAUUUAGUCGUUGUUUUUUUUAUGGUUUAACCCACAGAAAAUAAUCCUUUAAGGUAUGUUUUUCUCAGUUGGCAAGUCCUGCCAGGGAGUCCAAAGGACUGUUUGAUUUCAUGACUUUUAAGAGUCACAAGACUUCACUUGUGGUUAUUGUACAGCUAGACAUGAAUAAGGAUUAUCUUGGAAUUGACAUCCCAUGAAGAUAUUUGAUAAAAUCACAUAAUUCAGCCAAACUCAGAGCCAUAAAUCUGCCAUGGACCACAUUUUUUAGUCAGUUUUUUGCUUUAGAUUUAGUUUUUUUUUUUUAUAAAAUAUACUUGAGAGCAACACCCGGAAUGACAAUGGGGGUGUGCCAAAAGGGAAAAAAACACUAUUACAGUUAAAAGCUGAAAAUACAGUCAUAUGGAUUUAAGAAUAAAUGUCCUCUUUUAGAAACAAAACCCAAAGACUAAAAAAGGUGGAAACCUUUAAAAAACAAAUGUUUAUGUUGGGGAUCAUCUCAAAUGUUCAACUGUUUUAAUUUUUUCAAGCUUCACUGACUAAAUAAAACAAUAAACUUUGGACACACACACAAUGAUUUAUAACUCCCAGUAAACAGAACUUCAUCUGCAUUUUUAUCCACAUUUGAAUACUUUGAAACUUUUCUCAUGCUCCCUCACAGAAGUCAAAUCAGACCCAUCAGUGCUUCCCUUUGUUCCUCGAUGGUUCUGUGUGUUGUGCUGUCAUGUGUCAUUCCCACACCGUAGGACCUAAAGUUAGGUCACAAAACAAACACCGAUCAGCCAUAACAUGACCACAAGUUAAGUGAAUUUUACUGACUUUAUCUCCAUAUUGAUGCCCGUUAGUGGGUGGGAUAUAUUAAGCAGCAAGUAAACAUUUAGUCCUCAAAGUUCAUGUCCAUGCUGAUGACUGUCCACCUCUAAAAGUGCCAACAAAGGGCAUGUGAGUAUCAGAACUGGACCACAGAGCAAUGGAAAAAGGCAGCCUUGUGCAGGUGUGUCCCUUACCUGGGGAACACAUGGAACCAGGAUGCACAAUGGGAAGAAGGCAAGCCGGCAGAGGCAGUGUGAUGCUUUGGGCAAUGCUCUGCUGGGAAACCUUGGGUUCUUUCAUCCAUGUGAAUGCUAAUUUUACAUGUACCAUCUACCUAAGCAUCAUUGCAGUCCACGACUACCCUUUCAUGAAAACGGGAUUCCCUUAUAGCUGUUGUCUCUUUCAGCAGGAUAAUGUGACCUGUCACAACACAAAAAAAUGGUUGAGGAAUGGUUUGAAGAGCACAAAAUGAGUUCGAGGUGUUGACUUGGCCUCCAAAUUUCCCAUCUGUGGGUUGUGCUGGACAAACAUGUUAUGCCUGAUCUGUGUUUGUUUAAAUGUAGACGUUAAAGAUUUAUCCAUAUUAAUUGAGAGGAAUUACACUCGCUCUUGAUUGCAGAGGAAUUAUGGAGAAUUUCUCUUCUGAAGUACACUACGCCCGGGGGUAAGCACAGCUCUGCACACACCACCAUCAUGAUCUGUUACACACCCUGCAAGUUGACUAAAGGUGGCUGUGUGUCUGUUUGUGUGUCCUCAGGUGUGCUGGAGUGGCCCUUCUGGACCAAGCUGAUUGUGGUGGCCAUCGGCUUCACAGGAGGCCUCAUCUUUAUGUACAUCCAGUGUAAAGUUUAUCUGCAGCUGUGGUGCCGCCUCAAGGCCUUCAAUCGCAUCAUCACUGUGCAGAACUGCCCUGAGAAAGGCCUGCCGGGCCCUCAGACCCAGCCCAGCACCUUGACCAAUGGCAGGCAUGAAGUUGUGGAGGUUCCCGUCAGCACGGCGCCUGCUCCGGCUCCAGAGCCACAGAUGGACUCGGACAUGUCUGUGGAGGCUGCGGUGGCACCGGCACAAAACCCUGUCUGA